GCCAACACACCUUGAGCAAGGUGAGGGCACGGUUCGCGCGAGGGGGUCAGUGCGAUACACUCGUGGAAGAUUGGUGAAAGAUCCCGUCGUUUUGGCUGCGGUUGUGUCCCUCCCGGCCUGCAGAACUCAAACCCUCCGCGUCGCGAGCGAGAUGAGGACGCAGACGAACGCGCAAGGGCGGCGGCUGAAGAUCCUGUGCUUGCCAGGUCAAUUUCAGAGAGGACAGACGAAACACCGAUACAUCUGCACCCAGCUGUGUGUGCUCUGUCUGUCUGUCUGUCUGGUGCCUGCAGGCUGGCGCACGAACUCGAGAAUCUUGAGGGAUCAAUUGCUUCUCUCGGGGCUGACGCACCUGCUGGCAGUAAGCGCACAUCAAUCCCUCGACCGUACCGGCAGGGCACACACAGCACACGGAUGGCUGUGCUGUGCUGUGCUGUGCGUCUUGCCUCGCAGGACAUUGCUGAGCUGAAGUGCCUCGACCCGUGCCAACCUGCGCAAGGGCCGACAAACCCAAUCGUCAAAGCGGUCAGUAAGUCGCCACAUGGGACUAUCAUAUCAUCGCAUCAUGCCACCUGUGUGUUCCUUCCUGCAGGCGUGGCCUGAUGAGACUGACUUUUAUCAGUGGUGGUACACGAAUGAGAACACCAUGGAGUACGAUGCUGGCGAGGCGGCGGUCGACUAGUAAGAAAGCAUGACUGACCAACUGACAUGACACGCUGCCAAUGAUUGACUGGUCCAUUCAUUUCGCUACUGUCUGUCAGCAUUUCGAAGAAGAUAAGGGAAGAGGGUCCUGUGGAUGGUAGGCAUCGCAUGUGUGUCGGACACGUGCCCAGCCCAGCCAGCACAUGGGGUGUGUCAUUAGUCGUGUGUUUCGGUGUGUGUGCAGGUCUGCUGGGCUUCUCGCAGGGCGGGGCGCUUGCGUGCAUGUGCGCAGCACUGCAACAAAAGGUCAGUCAGUUUGUCACUCCGCCGCCACCUCCCACAUCGGCCUCAUGCAGGCAGACCUGUCUGUGGCGGAUGUGUGUGUCAGGCAGACGACGAGAGGCUGAAGAAUGCCCUCAAAUUCGUCAUCACCAUCGCGUCUUUCUCGCCCAGGUCGCCCUCGUGGAGCCACAUUAUCGAGAAGGAGCAGCCCCUGACGCUGCCGUCGCUGCACAUAGCGGGCAAGAAGGACGAGCUGCACCCCGCCAGUGUACAGAUGGCGCAGCACGUCUUCCAGGGCGGGGUGCUCAUCGAACACGAUGGCGGACACACCAUUCCCAAAUUAGGUGAGUCAUGGCUGGCUGGACGGAUGAGGGAUGGAUGGGGGUAGGUGACUAACUGCAAUGCAUUCAUUGUGCGCGUGUGUUUGUUUGUUUGUGUCUACGGUGCAGAUGCCAUGAAGGGUCAGCAGCUGCGUCACUUCCUGAUGGCUCACAUGGCAAAUUCGCUGCUGUGAGAUGUCAGUGGAUGGGGCAGGGAGGAUGCUGGCGCGGGGCUGGUUGAUCGAUCCAUG